AUGACCGAAGAAAUUAAAGAAAAAAUUUCCCAAGUUGUUGCUGACGAUUAUGAUAUAAAACGUCGCGAAGCUCUUGAAAAGAUUGAUAAUGCUAAAUUUGGAUGGUUUCACGUCAGAGCAUGCAUCGUAUCUGGAGUAGGAUUUUUCACAGAUGCCUACGAUAUUUUCGCUAUCAAUCUUGUAGCUGUUAUGUUAGGUUACGUAUAUUUUGGAACAAAUUCACUUCCAACAGAAGUUGAUUUGGGUAUAAAAGUUGCAACACCAGUUGGCACACUUGUUGGUCAAGUCGUUUUUGGUAUAUUAGCAGAUGUCGUAGGUCGCAAAAAGAUGUAUGGUAUCGAGCUAUUGAUCAUAAUCUUCGCUACCUUAUCCUGUUGCCUCGUUUCAAAUUCCUACGUUUUUUCACCUGUUACAAAAACUUAUGUUCCAAAUUCUAAUGUCAUCUCCGCUCAUGGCCUUAUCAUCUUCUGGCGUGUUGUUUUAGGUAUUGGAAUAGGAGGAGACUACCCUCUUUCAGCAGUUAUUACUAGCGAAUUCGCUACAACUUCGAGAAGAGGUGGCAUGAUGGCUGCCGUAUUUGCCAUGCAAGGUAUUGGGAUUUUGACAGCAGCUAUCGUUUCAACUAUCACAAUAGUAUCAUUCAAGUCUUCUAUUACACCAAAUGAUUUUUCACAAAUUGAUUAUGUGUGGAGAAUUGUCACUGGAUUUGGAGCAGUUCCAGGAGUUAUUGCCCUUUACUUCCGACUUACAAUACCAGAAACACCUCGUUAUACCAUGGAUAUUGAACGGAAUGUCAUUCAGGCAGUUCAAGAUAUCGACACAGUAUUAACAACAGGUUCAUACAAGCCUCGUGAACAAGAAGUUGUCAUUAAAGUUGAGGCGCCAAAAGCUAGUCUUACAGAUUUCUUUAAAUAUUUUG